AAAAUAUGAAAGUAGUGAUAAACGAGAAGAAGGGAUCACUGCAUAUCAAUCCGUAUGUGUACUUCGGAGAGUUCUUGCGAUCACUAGACAUGGCGUUAUUCACCAGAUAUACGGCAGUCCAUCGCAUCAACCGUUAUUUCCGUCCAGUAAUCCUUAGCCCAGCUGGUACAGAUUACCUGACAUGUACCAUAAAACGAAGACUCGGUUCCAACGCCCAUUCGGAGUUCACCGGACCUAACGCAUAUGAGAUCUUAGGCGUCUCUGAGACCAGCUCUUUCUCAGCAAUCAAAUCUUCCUUCCGUAAAUUGGCCAAGGAGACGCAUCCUGACCUUGCUCAGUCACAACCCGAUUCAGCCGCUUCCAAACGAUUCGUCGAAAUUCUCGCUGCUUAUGAGGUAAGAUACUAUCUGACUCUGAGAAAAGGAAACAUUAUGAUCAGUAUCUCGUCUCUCAGAGAACAGUUGUUCAGAAGCAGGCACGGCAAGGCCCAGUUAUGUAUAAGUAUGAAUCUGAUAGACUCAUAGAGAGAGAAAUGGAAGUUGUUGAAUGGUUGAGGUGGUAUAGACAUGCGAUAAAUGAUAUAGUGUCACAGAAAAGAGAGGUGGCUGGCUCAAGCUAUUUUGAUGUAUUGGAAAGGGAUUUCCACUCAGCUAUACAUGCAGCAUUUUAUGGCCCUGAAAUUGAAUCAAUGCAUCUGCUUCCGGAAUGCUUUGAAGCUGAAGAGAGGUCCAUGCCUUUUACAUCAGACAUUCUCCACUUAGUCUCAGGACGUGACCUCUUUGGGAUGGUACGUGUUGCCAACACAAAAAAGUUAACAUCUUUUGAAGAUGAUCUUUUGAUUCCUAUCUGCUCUCUUAAUAUUGUCAGCACAGAAAUAAAUUUAACUCUAACUGCAAGUGGAAAGUGUCAACAAAAAGAUAGAUGUGUUGGCUACUAUGAAUCAGAUGUAUAUAAGGAUUUAGAGUUGCAUAUAUUUGGGAAGGUUGUUGCUAUUGCCACUCGGGUUCCGCCGAAGAGUAGUACUAAUCAGGCACAAAACAAGGAUGCUGACGAUCUCAUUCAUGUUUACCUCACUUCCCACGAACACGAAACUUGUGACCUAUGGCUGCGUAAUGAUAUUAGUGCAGAUGGUCCAGAGGGAUCCAGGAUUUUGUUAGGAACAGUAAAUGGAAUGGGGACAAGCCCUGAGGAAGGGUCAUGCGAUGUCUAUGAUCAUAAUGGUGUGCAAACUCAUGUGAUUAUGAAACAUAGGACACUGUUGGUGAAACACAUGCACUGGUACCAAACAGGGGAUGAAGUUUCGGUUUGUGAAUGCAGAUGCAGUAGAGCCCGCUUGCCUCCCAGCAAGUAAAACUACAAAAUUUUCCAUCAAAAUCGUGAACUGAUCACAUUGUAGUUGUUUACGUAUCUCUCCAAGUAGUGUGAUUUGCACCAUGGUGGUAAAGUAGUACGUGGUUCGAUCUGCUGGUUUAUGAGAGCAGUUUUUUUAUGAAUUAGUCAUAUUCUUAUAAUAAAAAGCUAAAGGGAAAGCUGUCAAAUGAGUCUACUUUUAUAAAAAGUCAAUUAGGUUCAUGUAUUUUAAAAUGAAUCAAUUUGGUCCACAGAGUUAAAAAAUAGUCAAAUUAGCUUUUUAACCAGUUAUCAGCCGGUAACCCGGUUGCAUACCUACGUGGAUGUCCACUUGGAUUUUUUUUACUGUUUCCUAUUUUAUAGUUUUUCUUUUCCUUUUUCACGUUUCUUCCUUUCUUCUUUUUUUCUUUUCCUUUUACGUUCCUUUCUCCCUACUAGAGAGUGAAUCUCGUUUUCUUUGCUUAGUUGAAGCCUCCCCCGCCAACCCUGCGACCUUUCCACUUUCACCGCCCUUACCUCAAUACCCGCAACCCUUACAUCCAUAUCCACCGCCCCCAUAGAACCCGUCAUCACCCUUUUUCUCCUCUCCCACCACCGUGAGAAGCUGAUGCCGGAGUUCCACAGUAGCUACUGGAAGAUGUUAGAUGCUCUAUUGCUCUGGACAAAGAAGUCGCCACUAUCGAUUUCUUUUCCCAUUCACUCUACGCCAUCAAUUCUGCCGCGACGAAGCUUGGACCAGACGCGCCGAGGCUCAUGGGAAAAUAGAUUUUGGUUGUUUGAACCUCGCUGUGGCAUGCACGAUAUUGGAGGUUGGUACGUGGAGACAUUUGGUCAGGAUAAGAAAGGUCGGACUGUCCCAUCCCAGAGGUAUUGGGAUGGUUUAGAUGUAAAUGAUCAUUCUGACAAGAAACUUCACCCAGCAAUGUAUUUGUUUGCACUUGCCUAUAGAACUCUAGAUAUUGAAGAAGCAAGACACAAGAGGCGAAGUAUGAAGGAACUGGUUGAAGAUAAAAUGCUUAGAAUUUUCAAUUGGUGCAAGGCUCGUGUGUUAAGGGUAUGACGGAAUGAUUCAUUCCUUCCCACCUUGAUGUUCAUUGGAGAUAAAGAUUACUUCUAGACCCGUUCUCAAAGAAGGCCACCCCGUUUCAAUGGAGCUCAUAUUCAUGUGCACUAGGUGAUCCCAAGUUCGAAUCUCAUGGCAAUCAGGGCCUACUGUGAUUUAUAUCUGCUGAAAGCGAGGUGCCGAAGGAAGCAUGCUGGAGAGGGAUGCCUUCCCAAGCUUAGACAUCUAGGAAUAUAUAUUGGUUCUUGGAAUAUGUCCAUUUCUAACAUGUAUCAUGGAAAUAUGUCCAUUUUUAUGUGGAAAAUGCUCCUCUCCAGUACCGGAAAACAUCCGGCAGAGUGUGAAACACACAAAAGUUUGGUCGGGUAGGAAGAUAGAAAGCAAGAUACCUUUUGAUACACUAUCAAGGGUGCACUAAUGCUAUUUGUACACAUCAUUUGUACACGGCAAUUUCUUUUUGCUUAUGCGAUUUUUCUUUACAUUGACAUGUAAAAUGCCAAUGUACACUAAACAUUACUAAUAAACGGUACGUGCUAACAAUCUCAUAA